AUGGACUCGAAGCGUAUGCAAAGUGCGAGGAAGUUCGUGGAGCAUUACGCCACGCACGACAAUGAGAUGCUGCACUCUCUGCUUGCAGACAGCUUGGUUUUCGAAAUAUCGCCUUCACGGUCGAUUGAUAAGCUGCAGGCGUUCGAUAAAGCAGGAUUUAUCGAGUUCAAGGAGAAUAUGAAGAGGGUAAUGACGGGGUACCCUCUAAAUGUAAUCAAGUAUAUCGAAAGCGAGAGUUCCAACAUGGUCGUCGUAUGGACCACGGGCCGGCCACAGUUUCGAGAGGAGCUAAAGGACUAUGAGGAGGUCACCAAAGAGCAGUGGGACUACGUCGGAGAGUUCGUCUUUAUGCUAACCAUGGACGAGACGGGAGAGAAGAUCACAAAGGUCAACGAGUUUAUAGACAGCAAGGCGACGGAUCUCAAGCUUUGGCCUCUAGUCGUGAGAGCGCUUGGCAACCUGGAAAAGUCGAAGCAGGCAUCUGGGGCCUAG